AUGGGGGCUGGAGCUUCUUCUGUCGCCGCCGCCGCCGCCCCUGCUGCUGCUCUUUACUACAGCGAAGACAUUAGGUAUUCGUUCAACACCCUUGAGCCAUUGAAUCUCUUCAGCGAAAACAGCAAACAGGCUGUUGAAACCACCCCAGAUGAUCAUGAUGAUGGUGAUGGUGAUGAUAGUCAAGUUAAUAGAAUCAGUGCCAUUCCGGACGAACUUCUUUCCCACAUCUUAUCAUUUCUACCAACAAGAGAAUCAGCGGUUACCUCACUUUUGUCCACUCGAUGGAGAUACCUUUUUGCGUCACGCCCUGAGAUCGAUCGGUCUCCAUUAAGGAAAUUUAAGCUCUCCCUUAUGAGGGUUGUGGAAAGCUAUCGUGGGGCACUCGAUUCACUGAUAUCUGCUGCACUUUUGUGUCAACUUCAAGAACUCGAAAUUUCUGUGGACAACCGGAGUAGUUAUAGGGAACGAUUAUCACCGGAGGGAAUAUUCACCUGCAAAACACUGACUUCCUUGAGACUAUUGUGGCGCGGUGUGGAUUUCAAACUCACCAGUCCAGUUUGUUUGCCUAAUCUUAAGCUCUUGUGCUUGAUAGGACCGAUGUUUCAAUUAGGAGAUCAUGAUGAUUCCCUGCAGAGGCUUAUCCAGGGUUGUCCUUUGCUUCAAGAACUAGAGCUGCAUUGUGCACUGGGGGAUUUGGAUCAAAUUUUUGCUGAGGAUGCAUGUAUGCAAAUUGAAAUUCGUGAUAUUUCUAGUCCUUUUCUGAAGAAAGUAGUGCUGGAUUUAGAUGGAGGUCUGGAUACUAAGGUUGUAGUGGAGUCGAACAAUCUUGAGAGUUUGGAAUACCAUUUCGCAGACCUGAAUUCUCUUGUUAGUGCCAAAAUUGGCUUCCUCCUUGAAAUCUCUAAUUCUGAGAUUUUUUACAAUCUUGUCAACGAGGUGAAAAGUGUGGAAUCACUUACUCUAAUACAGCCCAAGGUUUUAACGGUCGAUAUUUCCAAUUAUGUGGUGCCAACUUUCAGCAAUUUGAUCAGCUUGGAGUUCAUUCUCCUCAAUUGCCAUGCUGUUGAAUCCUGGAAACUCAUGCCAAUCUUAAUUAAAAGUGCCCCUCACCUCGAAAAGCUAGUCUUCGGUCGAAAGAUGUUUCACUCUGAGCGUGUAGAAAAAGAAUUUGAGCUUCUAUUUCCAGAAUUCAUGCCCAAACACUCCAUUGAACAUCUCAAGGAAAUAGAAUUCACAAAAUUUUACGAGAAGCACUAUGAAUUCAAGCUAGUUGAGUAUCUUCUGCAAAAUGGAAAAGCUUUGAAGAAGAUGGUGCUACGUGGAUCUUUGCAACCUUCUAGCUAUGAUAGAAUAAUGUCAUACAUGAGAUGCUCAGAGGAUUGUCAAAUUGUGGUAGAAGAACGUGGUUCAGAGGAAAUCUGGUGGAUGCUAACAGUUGACUUAUAA